AUGGAAGGAACAAAUAUCCAGAUGAGCUACCCAAAUGAUAAGGUAGAUGUUGAAAAUGAGAUAUUGAAGGAGGAAUGCAAGAGUAGAGUUGAAACUAAGGGGAAAAUAAAUACCAAUGAGGAGAUCGAAAAUGGAAAUAAUGAAAGUAACAGCAGUGGUGUUAUAGACAGGAAUACGCUAUGGAGUGACCUGUACCUCUCGAAGGCAUUUCUGAAAGUUCUGUAUGAGAAUAAAUUUAACCAUCCCACGUUUAUUCAAAGAGAUGUGAUACCUCUUGCACUGGAGGGGAAAAGUAUUUUGGCUAACUCAGAAACGGGUUCAGGAAAAACACUAGCCUUUGUAUUGCCAAUAUUAGAAAGAUUAUUACAUAGUCCAAAUAUAAAAAUGAGAAAUCAUAAUUCCAGAUCUAAUUGUAUAACAAAGAGUUUAAUACUUUUACCAACGAGGGAACUUGCUCUUCAGUGUUACGAUGUGGUAAAAAGUAUGACCAAAUAUGUUUCAAUUACAUAUUCUCUUUUUUGUGGAGGAAUAGAUGUAAAGCAACAAGAAUAUGAAUAUAAAAAGAAGAAAGAUAUAUUUAUUUGCACUCCAGGAAGAAUUUUAGAUUUAUUACUAAAUUCGUCGAGCGAUUUUGUAAACUAUUUAGAAGUAGUAGUUUUUGAUGAAGCUGAUAAAUUAUUGGAGUUAGGUUUUAAGGAGGAAUGUUUAAAAGUUUUAGAUGUAUGUAAGUUUAAGAAGCAAAUUUUAUUUUUUUCAGCUACAUUAACUAGGGAUAUUAAAGAGUUAGCUAAUUUUUCUCUUAAGAACCCUGUUUUUAUACAAAGUGGAAAUGAUAGUAGAAAGGUAGAUGAGAAGGGGGAAUAUAUUCCUAGUUGCAUUAUUAGUAAUAAAAAAAUGUUAAAGUUUUUUAAAAUUUCUGGAAAAUUAAAUCAAGAAUUUGUGAAUAUUGUAAAUGAAAAAUAUAGAAGAGCAGCGUUAUUGCAUCUGUGCAGUAAUGUAUACAAAAAUCAUGCCAUCAUUUUUUUUAAGACAAAAAAAGAAACACACGUAAUGUAUUUAAUUUUUUCUUUGUUUAAUUUUAAAUGUGCAGAAUUGCAUGGCUCACUAACUCAAAAAAAAAGAAUAGAAUCAAUAUUAAAAUUUAAAAAGAAUGAAGUGGAUUUUUUAUUAUGUACAGAAUUAGCAUCUAGAGGUUUGGACAUUGAUCAUAUCCUUUACGUAAUUAAUUAUAAUUUGCCAUCGAGUGUCGUUAAAUAUGUUCAUAGAAUUGGUAGAACCGCAAGGAUAGGAAAAGAAGGUACAGCUAGCACAUUAUAUAGACCAAAUGAAAAAGUAGAUGUGAAAAAAAUAAUUAAAGGAUUGAAAAAAAAUAAAAAUUCCAAAAUAUUUCGGAGAAAUAUAUCAAAUGAUAGUAUUCUGCACUGGGAUGAAUUACUUAAAAAAAAAAGGAAAAAAAUUAAAGAAAUAAUAAUGCAGGAAAAGGAAAAUAAAGAAAUAGAUAAAGCAACCCAAUCGAUAGAGAAAAUUAAAAACAUCAUUCAGUUUAAGGAUGAAAUUAUGAGUAGACCACCCAGAGAAUGGUUUAUAACGAAUAAAGAAAAAAUGCAUUUACGAAGGUUAAACAUGAAAAGUGAAAAAUUAGGUGAUAAUUCCAAAAGAGGGAAUGCAGACGAAAAGGGGGUUAAUGAUGUCAGAAAUAGACGUGGGAAAGACAAAAGGAAGAGAAAAAACAAUGAAGACGAUGAAGAAGAGAUAGGAGAAAAAGAGGAAGAGAAAGAACGAGAAAAGGAAGAAAAAAGAAAGCUAAAGAGUUACCGCUCCAUUAUAAGGGAACUGAAGCUGAAUGUACUUUUUAAGGGCAAAGGCAAAUUCGAUAUGUCAGAAAAUGGAAAAAGGUCUAGAAAUAAUAAUUGGGGAAAACAUAAAAGUAAGAGUCAUAAUACUAAUACUAGUAAUAAUGAUCGAAUUGGCAAAAGCAGCAAGCGUAGCAUUAAAAAAGAAAGAAAAAAGAAAAGAGAUUAA